CGCGACACGGUCCGCAACGAGCUCGUCGUCGUCUUUGGCGAGUUCUACGGAACCUUCAUGUUCCUUCUCAUGUCUUAUAUAGGCACCCAGGCCGCCAUCGACAACAACUCACCAGGCAAUCCUGAAGCGCCUCUCUUCCCGUUUUCUCUAAUGUACAUUGCUGCUUCUUUUGGCACAGCCUUGGCCGUCAACGUGUGGGUGUUUUACCGAGUGACAGGCGGACUGUUCAACCCUGCAGUCACUCUCGGGCUUGUUCUCGUCCGCGCGAUUACGCCGCUCCGUGGUCUCUUAGUCUUCCCAACCCAGAUUGUUGCCGGCAUUGCCGCCGCCGCAGUCACCGACGCCCUGCUUCCCGGCCCUCUCCUCGUCGCCAACAAGCUCUCGUCCGGCACCAGCAUCUCCCGCGGCCUCUUCAUCGAAAUGUUCCUCACGGCACAACUUGUCAUCACGGUCUACUUCCUCGCCGUGGAGAAGCACCGCGCCACCUUCCUGGCGCCCCUGGGCAUCGGCCUCGCCGUCUUCAUCGCGCACAUUUGCGGCACAAACUUCACCGGCACCGGCAUCAACCCAGCUCGAUCCUUUGGCCCUUGUGUCGUCACCAGCUUCACGGGCUACCAGUGGAUCUAUUGGGCUGGGCCGUUCAUGGGCGCCUUGCUCGCCUUUGCGGUCUAUUCCAUUUUGAAGUGGUUGGAGUACCACAACGCCAAUCCCGGCCAAGACGACGAUAGC